GCUUGAACUCUGAGUUUUGCGGCGCGGCUGGUCCCAAAGUUCGGGAGCGGCGCUGCAAGAGAGAGCCGGGAAUGGACCGGAGCUGUGGAAUGGGGCUGCCGGUGCUGCUGCUGGUGCUGGCGCUGUCCUGCCCGGCGGGCGCACUAGAAAACGGUUUGGCACGGACGCCGCCCAUGGGCUGGCUGCACUGGGAGCGCUUCCUCUGCCAGGUCGACUGCGACGAAGAGCCCAGCCGAUGCAUCAGGUGAGCGCCUGGGAUCUUGGGCCAAGAGGGCUGCCUGCUCGAACGUAGCGUUUGCAUUCUUCAAAAAACAAAAGCAGGAUCUCAGCUAGAUCAUCCAUCCAGCUAUCCAAUCUCUGCUAAAAAAAAGGAAAACCUGCGAAGAGUCUGCCACCUCCCAUUCUACUGUCAAACUUCCUCCUGAGGUUGAGUUGGAAUCCCCUUUCUGGUAACUUGAAGCCAUUGGUUCAAGUCCUAGCCUCCAGAGCAGUAGAAAACAGGCUUGCUUCACCCUCGAUGUGACAGCCCUUCAGAUACUUGAAGAUGGCUAUCAUAUCUCAGUUGCCUCUUUUCCAGGCUAAACGUAACCAGUUUCCUCAACCAUUCCUCAUUAGGCUUGGUUUCUAGACCCUUGGUCAUAUUGGUCACCCUCCUCUGAACACAUUCCUGUUUGUCAAUGUCGUUGGACACAGUACUCCAGAUGUGGUCUGACCAAAGCAGGACAGAGUGAUACUCUGACUUCCCUUGAUUUCUGGACCCUGUAUUUCUGUUGAUGCAGCCUAUAAUAGCAUUAGAAUAUUUUUAUUUUUAUUUUUUUGCUGCUGCAUCAGGGUGCUCUUGGGCCUUAGGACAUCAUUGCUUGCAUUUGGGUUCACAAGUUGUUAAAUUAUACCUUGUGGGUUCAGGCAAGGUCAUCUUAUCACCUGCUACAAGUUUUUAAACUGGCUUAGCAGAGCUAGAAAGAUUGUGCCACAAGUGGUGUGCUUGUAUACAUGCUGAGACUUGCAUGGAAGCAUCACAGCUGUGCCCUUUGCAUUUAGUGGCCUUUCAAAGUGAAUGCUUGUAUAAACAAAGGUAAAAUGCUUAUAUAUACAUACAGUCUCUUUCUCUCUCUCUCUCUCUCUCUCUCUCUCUCACACACACACCUACACACACACAGAGCACUUUAUACUUCAUGCGCACACAUGAGAGAGAAAACUCUCUCUGUUAAAUCCAUCAGGUUCAUGAAAGGUUUGCCAAUAUAAAGGUGUACCACAUAUAUCUGUUGCCAUUAAUGUGGGCUAAGACUGUCCAUAGCUGGGAAACCUGUGGCCCCAUGUAAUAUUGGACUACAACUUCCACCUUUCCUAGCCAUUGUCCAUGCUGGCCGUGAGUCCAACAUGUGAAGGAUUGCAGAUUCCUCAUCCCUGUUCAUUUUAAUGAAAGGUCGUCACCUUUCAUUGCAUGGUUCCUUUGCUUUUUAAGAGACACUUUAACCAGCAGAUGAAGUUUUAUCAUCCAUAGAGGAUCUGGGGCAGGGGAAGGUUCCAUCUGUUGACUUCCUGUUUGCAACUGUUAAAGGAACAAAAGCCUUUGACCUUGAAAAGGUUACAAGAUAAGUCCAAGUGCAUUAAUUAUGUGACACUUUGAAACUCCAAAAUCAGAAAAUGUGUCCACAAUUGCCAGUGUGUAGUGGCAAACUCUGACUUAUCUGCUGUCGAUAACUCACAGUUUGCCAAGCGCAGUCAGAAACUGGCAUAUGCUGGUGUGGAAGUAUUUAGCCAGGAGCCCCCAAAAUACAUUGAAACUCCUGUGUACUACAGCAAGCCUUGAAGCUGAGGGAGACAACUCUCUUUGCAGGAGAGGGAAAAUACGUUGCAUUUCUUCAGCAUAUGCAUUACAUUUCUGGGAGCCUGGGCAACAAACUGCCUUGGAUUUUUGUAGCCCUGGUUUUACUGGCAUGUCAAAAGCACGUCAAAGUGCAAGUAGAUAAAUAGGUACCACUCUGGCGGGAAGGUAAACGGAGUUUCCGUGCACUGCUCUAGUUCGCCAGAAGUGGCUUAGUCAUGCUGGCCACAUGACCCGGAAGCUGUACGCCGGCUCCCUCGGCCAAUAAAGCAAGAUGAGCGCCACAACCCCAGAGUCGGUCACGACUGGACCUAAUGGUCAGGUGUCCCUUUACCUUUAUGAUAUUCUGGAACCAUCUGGGACUUGGCCUGUGCUUGCAAACAGAAUGGUAGAAUGGUCUCUGUGUGUGAAUCAGUUCAGAUUGCAGAUUGUUUCCCCACUAGAUAAACAACAGCAAAUUCUCUGUGAAGAGAAAAGUAGAACAGCUGAGCUGAACCUGGUGUCCUAAGUUUCAUUUGUUUUGAUUGCAAUUCUUUAUGUAGGGGCACAGUCUGCAGUCUGAAGUUCAUUGUGCCACCUCAUUCUGCUAAAUAUGUCAACACAGGUUGAGGAAGCAAGCUGUGCAGUUUGCACAUUUCCUAUGACUGGCCUGGCCGAUAUUGUAGUUUCCUCUUUAAUGGUCUAAGUCGCCUAAACAUAAGCUGUUCCUCAUUCCAUGGAAUAUUCUGUGAUUCAAACAGUUGGCUAAACUUUCCAUGUAUGUAAAUCAUCAUGAUUUAUUUUUAUAUAGUGCCAUGACUUGUACAUGGACACUUUAUAUAAUAAGAGGUCCUCAUCUCAAAGAACUUACAGUUUUGCCCGCUGGGAAGAGGAAACUUUGUGCAACAGAUAAUAUGAGUAAAAUGAGUAAGAACCUUUUCAGCUGGGGGACAACAGUAAGGGGCUGAGCCAAUAACUUCACAGAAGUGAUGAGUUUUGCAGGCAGUUAACGGCUGUUGCUGCAAGGCUCAGAAUUUAUAGAAGUAUUGUUUCAUUAGCCACAUAGGUGGGGCUGUAGGCACUUCUCAGUCAUAAUUAUUGUAAUUUGUUGUUUAGUUGUUUAGUCGUGUCCGACUCUUCGUGACCCCAUGGACCAGAGCACGCCAGGCACUCCUGUCUUCCACUGCCUCCCGCAGUUUGGUCAGACUCAUGUUUGUAGCUUCAAGAGCACUGUCCAACCAAAUUAUUGUGGUUGGAGCAGGAACCGGCAAGCCACUCCAGUAUCCCUGCCAAGAAAACUCCAUGGACAAAGACAACAGGCAUAUAAUUAUUGUAAUAGCAAUAUUUAGAUUUGAAUGGUUGGGAGUCUGCAAUCACUAAAUACUAUCUUGUAUUAAAUACCUUCCAGGUGUGGGUUUGUUUUUGGGCGGGGAGCAGGAUUGCCAGUGGAAGCAGAAAAUAGUUCUAUUUUCAGUACAGACAAAUAUAAAAUAGAUGUUCUUCACAUUUUUCUGGUUAAAUGUCAGUCUUAAUUUUAACUGAUGUAGUCAACCUGUCCCUGUCAUGUACCACUUUUAAGCUUCAGAUAGGAAACCCCACUCCCAUGAUGGAAUGCUCCCUCAUUUAAGAACAAAUAAAUCCUGUGUGUAGAAAGUGAGUAUUUCAGGAAAAGGGCUAGGUUAGCACCCUUCCCUUCUCCUUGACAUGCUAGUGUUCUGUGUGGAUAGUUUCUGUUUGUUUGCAUGGAGCAUUCCAUUGUGGGAGCCUCUAUUUCUGAAGUAGUACCACAGAUCUAUAAUCUGCAUGAGAUUUAAGACCACUAAACAUCAGUAUGUUUCUAUGUGCAUGUACAAUGCCUCUCUCUCUCCAUAACAAAAAUGUAAGAUCGUCAUUUUGCAGCCCCAUUAGAGGAUUUGUCGUGAAUCAUUGCAGUCCUGGGUUUGUAUGAAGGCAGGGGAGGGGAGACAGGUCGUCCAGUGGUAGUGGUCAUGGCAUGGGAUCAAGAAGGGAGGAACACGGAGAGGCGGAAAGUGGUUGCAGAAUAUAUGAGCAGACAUUUUGCUAUCCCUCCCCCCAUCACUAAUCAAUAUGAUAUUGGAUUCUCAUUGGAUUCUACUUCACUACCAGCUCAGUGUUGGUACCCAGCUUUUGGGACCUUAGCUCAGUGCUAGAGCACUUUUGCACACAAGGUUCACUCAGUCCCUGGCGUCUCCAGUUAAAAAGGAUCAGAAACCCAGGGUGAUGACAGAGACCCUCUAUUGCACAAGUUUCUGCAGAGCCUCUGCCAAUCAGACAAUGAAGUUGGGCUAUAUGACCUGGAGGAAGGCAACUUCUUAUGACUUUCCUUUUUUGCCCUCUUCAGCGAGCAGCUGUUCAUGCAGAUGGCAGACAUUAUGGUGUCAGAUGGAUGGAGGGACGUUGGGUACCAGUACUUGUGUAUCGAUGACUGCUGGAUGGCUCCAACUCGUGAUAAGCAAGGCAGGCUCCAGCCGGAUCCAAACCGUUUUCCUAGUGGGAUUCGUAAACUAGCUGACUAUGUAAGUGGGUUCUUGCUGACCUUUGCCCCAAAGCUUCUUCCACCUUGAGGUCAAUGAGAACAUAUAAAUGAGGAGCUGGAAAGGAUGAUGGAAAUGGGAGAACUUCUUGUGAGUGCUCCCCUUUCACAGUGUGUCCCUAGCGCUGUAGAACUGCAGGGCUGAGCGUGACAAAGAAAAGCAUUCCCCAUCUCUAGAUUUAACCAUCCAUAGGAAUUGCUAAGAAUUGACCUGAGCAUGUCAAUUUAGACCAGCAUUCUCUUUCCAACAGCAGCCAGCCUGCUGCCCAAUACACCACAAGCAGAACACGAAGGCAGCAGCUCCCUGCAGUUGUUUGUCUCCAGCCUCUGGUAUUUAAAGAUAGACAACCCACAGGACAUGGAGACUCUAUUAUGCUCUCCUAGCUAGUGGUCAUUGAUAGGAUAGCCCUUCCUGUGUCCUGUCUCAUUUUCUUGUGUCAACCCCUUUGUAGAGUAGCAUCAUACCUUCCAUUGUUGAAAAACUAGUGCACCUUUUCUUAGCCUAUUUUCUCCCCACCCCAUUAACUAAAAGCAAGCCGAAUUCUUUUGAUUUCUGCUUAUAAAACAUAAGCUUUCCACUCCAUAAACCUUGCUGUGUUUCCCCUCUCGAUUACCUGCAAUCCAGGUCCACUCCAAGGGGCUGAAGCUGGGCAUUUACGCAGAUGUCGGGAACAAGACAUGUGCUGGUUUUCCUGGCAGCCGCGAUUACUAUGAUUUGGACGCUGACACCUUUGCUGGCUGGGGGGUGGACCUGCUGAAGUUUGAUGGCUGUAACUUUGGCACCCUGGAACUGUUGGCAGAAGGUAUGUCCCAGAGCAGGAUUUGCCAGGAGGUCAGAGCGAACCUUUUAGCCUGUGUGGAAUUUACUAUUUACCUCGACCUUGGAUAGGGUCACCCAGUUCACUUCCCUGGAAGCAGGAGAGAGGGCUUUAAGGAGGAAUAUGUGACACACUUUGUCCUUCCUCUCUCCCCUCCUAAAACAGCCCACAGUAAAUUUUCUGAACUGUCUAUACUUGGAAGAAGCCACCAGCGCCUUUGCCACUUCUGCUCUCCCCUCUCUCUCCCCACCUAGCUCCUGAUCCAAAAGCUCUCUCCUGUUUGGGGCUUAAGGCAUUGUUCAGGGUGCUUCAUUUUAAGAAGACAAUGACACACUUAAGUGCGUUCAGAGGAGGCGACCAGGAUUUGGAGGGUGGGUGUCUGGAAUUACUAUGACAGGGAUGAGGAACCUCAAGCAGCCCCAGGUAGUUGGGUCAAAGGUCAUGGAUGCUGGCAGUUGCGUGCAACGUCUGAAAGGCCACAGAUUCCCCAUCCUUGAUCCAGAGCCAGAAUUGAUGAGUCUCAUUGGCUUUAACUUACAAUGAGGAAAUGAGCCUCAUUGGCUUUAACUUACAUUUUUCACUUCCUUAUUGAAGACCUUUGAAAGAAAAAGUAAAGGUAAAUGGACCCCUGACCGUUAGGUCCAGUCGCAGACGACUCUGGGGAUGCGGCGCUCAUCUUGCUUUACUGGCCGAGGAAGUCGGCGUAUAGCUUCUGGGUCAUGUGGCCAGCAUGACUAAGCCACUUCCGGCGAACCAGAGCAGCACACAGAAACGCUGUUUACCUUCCCGCUGGAGUGGUACCUAUUUAUCUACUUGCACUUUGAUGUGCUUUUGAACUGCUAGGUUGGCAGGAGCGGGGACCGAGCAAUGGGAGCUCACCCCGUCGCGGGGAUUUGAACCGCCAACCUUCUGAUUGGCAAGUCCUAGGCUCUGUGGUUUAACCCACAGCGCCACCUGCGUCCCCUUUAUAGGUUAGGUAGGUGGUAAAGCCUUGACCAAGGCUGGCACAAAGAUUGAGGGUGCCCUGACAAAAAUUCCCUCUAGGACUCACCCAGCACUAUCCUGAUGCCCCCCAAGAUAAGCUUACAAAGGAGCAGAGAGUUGAGUGGUGGGGAUUGGUGAUGAGUGUCAGGCUUUGAUUAUUUGUUUAAAUUCUCAGGGGGUGUCUCUGCUCUUUGCCACCAGGUUAUAAGAACAUGUCUCAUGCUUUGAACAAAACAGGCAGAGACAUUGUGUUCUCGUGCGAGUGGCCACUGUAUGAGAGACCCUUUCGGAAGGUAAGGAGAGGCCGCUUUGCAACCUUGCUAUUUCCCUGGGGCAUAUUGCUGGACUACAACACCCAUCAGCUCUGACAGUUGGCCAUGCUUGCAGGGCUGCUGAGGGCUGUAAUAGUAAUUCAGCACCAGCUGGAGGACCAAAGGUUCCCCACACCUGUCCUAGGGCAAGGGCUGGUAACCAAAUGUUGAUGGACUACAGCUCCCAUCACCCCUUACAAUAAGUCAUGCUGGGCUGGUUGAGGUCUGAUGUGAGUUGGAAUCCAACAGUGUCUGGAGGGUCUUCACAGGUUCCCCAUUCCUGCACAGUAACCUCUACUUGUGAUCUGCAUAUGAGUACAUAAAACAAUCAGGAAAGGUGACUGUCAUUGCCACACCAGUCAUAUUUGGUGUGCUGGGAGCCUGUUUGGCUAUGUAAUAGUGAAACCCAUUGAUUGUGAUGUUAGGCUGCACCUUGGGAAAAGCAUCUUCCCGCAUUGCAACAGGAAUGACUAUAAUCCUCCACACCCAACUCACCAGAUUAAUCAUCUGAAGAGAUGGGAGGGUAUGAUAACACUUCCCUCCUUAGCUGAUUUGCAGGGGUCAGCCAAGAGACGGGGGGCUUUGUCCUGGUGUGCAUGUAUGCUUGCUGUAUGCAGGAGAGUGUGGGGUGACCACGCCAGCUGUCAGGAGUGGUUCUCGGAGAGAAAAAGGUUCCUCACUCUUGCUGCAGUGGCUCCUCCUGUGUUCAGAAUGUGUUAUGUUUAGUCUCUUAGGGAUAUAUAGAUGGCAAGAAGGGGGCGUUAUGGGGAAGGGCCGUAGCUCAGAGGUACAGCAUCUGGUUUGCAUGCAGAAGGUCUCAGGUUCAACCCCCGGCUUCUCCAGGGAGAGACACUCUGCCUGGAACCCUGGCAAUGCAAACAGUGCUGAGCAACAUGGACCCGUGGUUUGACUUUGUGUAAGGCAGCUUCCUAUGUUCCUAGGAAAAGUUUCAUGGGGCACAUGACUUCAGGGGAACUUGCAAAAAGGGAGGGAGCCCUAUUCAGGUCCUUCCCACACUUUAUUUAAAGCCAAGUUGAGUCAGUGCUGCAAAACCCUGUUUGGGCAACUGCCCUGCACAGUCUCUGGUAGAAGCCAGCCACACCCCCCACUGAAACAGUCCAUUCCAUUCUGACGCAGUGCUCAGUGGGACUGAAAUAUGACACAUAUCUUAAAUAAAACAAAUAAAUCGUUGCCACCUCUUUUCUCUCUCUGUCUUUACUCCUCUGCCAGCCCAACUACACAGAGAUCAAACAGUACUGCAAUUACUGGAGGAAUUAUGCUGAUGUCUACGAUGCCUGGGGCAGUGUCAAGAACAUCUUGGACUGGACUUCUUAUAACCAGGACAGCAUUGUGGAUGCCGCUGGGCCAGGGGGCUGGAAUGACCCAGAUAUGGUAAGAAAACCUUUUUCUGGGUCACUUAUUCCAGAUUCCACGCUGUUGCUCAAGCAUCCAAACCCUCGCAGCCUUCCUGAGCCCUGGAGAGGGGCCUGUAGCUCACUGGGAGAGGAGAACCUGCCUAGAUUUAAACUCUAGCAAUCCCAGAUAGGGCUGGAAGAGGCUUCAGUCUGAAACCCUGGAGAACUGCUGUCAGUCAUUGUAGGCUGGGAGAGUGGUAGCUCAAAAUGUACAGAGGAUAUCAGGCUGGGGUAGGAGGCUGUAGACCUGCCUUUAACCCAUAUAUGCAUUUGGGGACCCAAAUAUUAUUACUAUUAAUUCAGUUUUUGCCCUUAUUAUUUGUAUGGCGGUAGCGUUGCAGUUGCAACCCACCUUAUGGCUUCAUGGUGGGUCCUGACACACUAACUUGAAGACCAGUGCUGUAGAGCAGUGGGUCCCAAUUAGCUAUGCACCAUGGACCCCUUGUUUUUCAAAAGACAAGCCAUGGGACCCCCUACUUUUGAAGAUUUUGAUAUAUCUAUGGUAUAUUUUGUUAUGUGAAUGGUGCCAUGGACUCCUUGGGUGAGUUUUCUGUGGCCCACCAAUUGAGAACCACUGCUGUAGAGAAUAUUGAACUCGAUGAACCAGUUCUCUGAUUCUGACAUAAAAUAGCUUGUUGUAUUCCAAAGUCAUUGCUAAAUAUAUAAAUCACAUCCAGUCCCCGCUGCUGAAGAGGGUGAGUCCCUUGCUCAUCAGUCUGCCUUGAGUGUUCCCCAGGUGCCUGCCUUUUAUUUAUUCUCUCUCAAUCUUCCUGCAAGCCCAGACAUCUGCUUUGCAUGGCUUUAGCUUCAAUUCUAGGUUGUAUAUUAAUUUGUUUUCUUCAUGUUUACAAAAUGACAAUAAGCUCCUUGUGUUCCUUUCAAGAGCUUGGCUGCAAAUACGUUUUUACAUGAGGCCCACAUGUAAACUCAGUGUGGUAUAGAGUGUGUUUUAUGGCCAAAGUGUCUCUGCACCAUAAAAUUUCUGCCUAUUGGCUACAGCUAUUUGAGAUGCCCUCAGGCUAUUUCAGCUAUUAAUUAAACAAGCAUUAAAAAUGGAACAUGUGAGAAAAUAUCAUGGCAUCCCUGUGCAGGGCCUUCCUAAGAAAAAUACAGAGCAGCAGAAUAUAAAGAGUUUGAUUCCUAAUUCAGGCCCCAAUCACAAUAUACAUUUAAAUCAGUAUCAUACCACUUUAAACAGUCAUGGCUUCCCCAAAGAAUUUUGGGUACUUUAGUUUGUUAAGGACUCUGGGAGUUCUUAGAAUACUUUUAUUCUCCUCAUGGAUCUACAACUUGAUAUAAAAAAAUAAGUUGUAGAUCCAUUUUUAUUAAGUCUCCAACAAUAUUUAAAAACAUUUAUCCUUUUUAUUUUAGCAUACAAAUUUCUUCUUGACUUCCCACCCUUCCUUUCCUGAUUUUUUUUUUUUUUACUCCUUUUUAUUAGCUGUUUAUAGAUCUACAACUUCUAAAAUGGUCUAAGAGCCGAUCCUUCUUCUCAGGGACCCUCGGAAUGUAGCUCUGCGAAAAGAGGGAUUUCAUAACAACUCCCGGCACCAAACUACAGUUCCCAGGAUUCUUCAGGGAAAACCAUGGCUCUAUAUUUAUUAUAGUGGUGCCAUAUUGCUUUAAAAAUGUAAACUGCAGAUAGAGCCACACAUUUUAAGCGCACCGAUAUCAGGCUAUAAAAGUUGGCCUAAGCUGUUCUGCUGGAUUCACUUUUGGUGACAAUCUCCCCUUGAAAGGCUUGUUGGAAAAGGUCUUCGUUAGGAGCCAAGGAAACAAUAGAGAUGGUGCCUCCCUUUGCAAUGGGCGUUGCAAAGAGUAGGUGCUACCAAAACAGUGGUACCUUGGGUUAAGAACUUUAUUCGUUCUGGAGGUCUGUUUUUAACCUGAAACCGUUCUUAACCUGAGGUACCACUUUAGCUAAUGGGGCCUCCCACUGCCACCGCCGUGCGAUUUCUGUUCUCAUCCUGAGGUAAAGUUCUUAACCCGAGGUACUACUUCCGAGUUAGCGGCGUCUGUAACCUGAAGCGUUUGUAACCCAAGGUACCACUGUAAAGGCCUUACUUCUACACUGUGUGGAGCAGAUCUUCUGAUGAGGUAGUAUUUGCCAGAGACCAUUACACUGAGUCAGGCUGUUCGCUCAUCUAACCCAGAAUUGUCUACACAGAUGGGCAGCAUCUCUUCAGGGCUUCAGGCAAACACAGGCUUUUCCUAAAAACUUUCCUCUUGUCUUCUUAACUGGGAAUGCCUGAGAUUGAACCUUUUCAGUGCAAAGAACAUGACCUGAGCUGUGGGAGUGGACGUAUCUGGUGAUAAUUAAGGGCUGGAUUUGGCCCUGUGGCCUCCAGCGGCUAAUCACCAGCCUAGUUCCCUUCCUUAGUGUAGCAUCCCGAUACCUAAGAGUUGUAACCCCCUUCAAUAUGGUAAUUCUCCUCUACCACCCUCCUAUGCCAGCUGGUGAUUGGAAAUUUUGGACUGAGCUGGGAUCAGCAAGUAACUCAACUGGCUCUCUGGGCCAUCAUGGCGGCUCCACUUCUCAUGUCCAAUGACCUGCGUCAGAUUAGCCCACAGGCCAAGGCUCUUCUCCAAAACAAAGAAGUGAUAGCCAUCAACCAGGAUCCACUGGGCAAGCAAGGAUAUCGAAUUACCAAGGUAAGACUGCCAUGGGGAAAAGGUGAGAGGGGGAGGAGGAAAGUUUCGAAAGCCAAAACAAGGUGGGUUUAAUAAUAAUAAUUUUUUAUUUAUAUCCCGCCCUUCCCGGUUCAGAAAACCGGGCUUAGGGCGGCUAACAACAAAUUUAAAACACUUAAUUGAUGCAACCUAAAACAGCAGAAAAUACAGUAUAAAAUGUGAAUAACAAUAAAUUCAGAAUUCAAAAAUCAAUUUAGGGGGGAAAUCCAUCCAAUAAACAUUAGAUUAUCACCAGGGCUAGCUGGCUAAAUUAGUCCUAUUUGGGCCAGCGAAGAAACCAGGGGAAGAUUAGCUGUGGGAUCCCAGAGCAGGUAAUCUUCAUAAAAAGGGGAGGGAGGGGGAGGGAAGGAAGGGGAAUAAAAGAUCAGGCUAAGUUCAAAUUGAAAGCCAGGCGGAAUAGCUCUGUCUUACAGGCCCUGCGGAAGGAAGUUAAAUCCUGCAGGGCCCUGGUCUCAUGGGACAGAGCAUUCCACCAGGUCCGACUCUCCUGUUCUCAGUCUUGAUGUCUUUAGCCUUGUUUCCCAAAAUUGAGACGCCAGCCUUUUUUUUAGACUACAGUUCCCAUCAUCCCUGACCACUGGUCCUGCUAGCUAGGGAUGAUGGGAGUUGUAGUCCAAAAACAGCUGGCGACCCAAAGUUUGGGGAACUGCUUUAGUUGAAGUUUAAAGGCUAUAAUCCAGAUCAUGUUCCAAAUACAAAUGGGACGCAUCCCCACCAACCUCAGUUAGGCCUCACCUGCCUGCCUACUUACCUACAGCAAUACCUGGUGGCCCUGCUGUCAGCUUCCUUCUCUGUAGCCUCAGUACUGCUAUUGUAAAAUUCAUUACUUUUAAAGAUUUCCUCCCCUACAUUCAAGCAGUUAUACACAUUCUACGAAUGACUUGGUUAGCUCUCCCUGUCAUUUGGCUUUGGCUCCAGAUCCUGUUUGUAGGGCUUUCUGCUUUCCCUCCCUGCCCACUUCGAACAGGCACCAGCAGCAGGUGAUAUUGUUAAUUCAUUGAGCCUAGUAUUGUCUCCUCUGGACUGGAAGUAGAGGAACUUGGGCAGAGGUCUUUCACACCACCUGCUUCCUCAUCCUUUUAAUAGGCAGUUCUUUUAAGGAAGUACAUUUUAAGUUUCUUAAGAGCUGGUGUUUUGCAGCAUUAAGAGUGAAGAGUGUGAGCUGGGAAGCCUCCUUUCAAAUUGCCUCUGAUGUGAGCUUAUAGGGUGGCUGCUUUUAAGCAAGCCAUCUUUCUUCCUUCCUUAGAUGAUCCAUUUAAAUAAGAGGUGAGGGGUCCUUUUCAGCUUGAGGGCCACAUUCAGUUAGGGGAAACCUGAAGGCUGCAUUCUGUGCAAAAUUCCCAAGUUUAUUCACACAUACACCCACCCACACCCUUUCCAUCCAGACAAGCGAAAGGCAGCAUCACAGUUCCAAGAUGGUUACAGCUGGACAAUACCACUCAAGGAAAGCAUGGAACAGGACUGGAGAGACACAAAUAAAGAGGCCUGGAGGUUUUCAUUUGGCCCCUGCAUCCAAAAUUCCCUGCUCCCAAUUUAAACGAAGUUUCCCAUUUUGAAUAGAUAGAUAAAUAUCCUGAGUGCAGUCGAGAAACAUCUGGAGAGCAAGAGGUUCCUAGCUCUGCUUUAUAGCAAUAAAUAACAUUGGAUCAGGGUUAUCACAGGAUUGCUUCCUCCAGUAUCAACCUGCUGAAGAUCUCCAUCAGAGGCCUCCUGGUGCUCUUGCUAGAGGAAUAUAGUGAGACAGCCUUGUCGGUGGUGGCCCCUUGUUUAUGGAAGACCCUUCCCUGAAGGGCAAGGGAGUCCCCAACAUGAUCUUUUAUCGUUCUGUCCUUGAAGCCCUUUUAGUAGUUUUUUAAGGGUUCACCAUAUAAAGUUUCGUAAACUUUACUUUUCGUCUUUGUUGUUUUGUUUGUAAGCAGUUUUGUAUGUUAACAGAAAAAGCAGUCUACAGAGCAGGGAUGGGGAGCCUGUGUCCUUCCAGAUGCUGAUGGGCUACAGCUCCCAUCACCCCUGCCUAUUGGGCUGGUUGGCUGUGGCCAAUGGGAAUUGGCAGCCCAACAUCUGGAGGGCCACAGCUCCCCCAUCCCCAGUGAUUGUUACUGCAGCUGGUAAUGGAUGUUGUGUCUUUCCAGGAAAACCACUUUGAGCUGUGGGAGCGGCCCCUGUCAGGUGGAGCCUUUGCCAUUGCUGUGCUGAACCGUCAGGAGAUUGGUGGACCACAGGCGUUUGUCUUCUCUACUGCCUACCUUGGCAGUGGCUUAGCUUGUAACCCUGCCUGCUCCAUCCAGCAGAUCCUUCCCACCAGCGAGGAUUUGGGGCUGCACAACUGGGUUUCACCCUUGAAGGUGGUGGUGAACCCAACUGGCACAGUGCUGCUGAAGACGGUGGUGACUGAGGAGAAACUGUUUGAUAAUGGAAAGAAGCGCUUUCCAGAGUUCUUGUAACAUAGCAUAUUCUUUCCCCCCUCAUUUUUUUCUCCCAAGGAGGACUUUUAAGCAGAAGCAAGUAACCUUCCUACAGGGGAAAGGUUGCUACAACAUCAACUCCUUAGUUCAGUGCCACAUUCCUAAUCCUGCAGUGACUUCUAAAUUUCCUUUAAAGUGUAAGAACCUGCAUUUCUGGACAAGGAAGCUGGAGAUAGCAGUCUAUGCCUUAUUGCGCUUUGCCAAACACGGUAUCAACACCAUGUUUUCUUCUUCUACCUCUGGGGGAUGCCAAGCACGAUGAAUGUAGUUGUGUUGUUAAGAAAAAGGCUGUGGUUAUACACCAGUAACUCCUGUGGGCAGUCACCUAUUCCUCCAGCUUACUCAAACCACAAUAUGCACAACUUUGUUACUUUUAGCCCUCUCCCCCAACUACCUAAAGAUAAUUAUAGCACAGGUGAGAUUACAACAUGCACACCCCGUUGUACCUCAGGCACUUUUCUGAAAACCUGUUUCAGCAGGACACUUUUGAAUAAAUUGUACUAUGCCUAUUUAUUGAACUUCUAUUUUUGCCUGUGUGUUUUGUUUGUUGUGUAAGCCACGUUGUAUGGGGGGAAAGCAGUCUUAUCAGUAAAUCUAGGGGAAAUCUCAGCUGUGUUGCUACCAGUAAGUUUGAAGUCAUCAUGGACUUUUCAUACCAGUAAGCCUCACUGCUUCACUAAAGUGAUCCAUACAAUGUGAUUGUACAAGAGAUACUGGCAAAAUGUUUUCAAUGAAUCUUUGCUGUCUUUCUGCCAUGAACUAAAUCCCUAUUGCUGGCAAGGGAUAAUGGAAGUGAAUUAAAAAUCCACAUGAUCAAGCUA